CUUCUUCUCCCAUCAGUCUUGCCGUCUGUCCCUUUCCUUCGUCCAUUCGACCUACGGACCUCACAUGCGCAAAGAUGGCGGGGAAACAAGCGUUGAUCGUCCCUGCGUUGAAAAAACACACGGCGACGGUGAUCAUGGCACACGGGUUGGGCGACAGUGGUGCAGGAUGGGUAUCGCUGGCAGAAACCUGGCGUCGGCGGGGAAAGUUUGAGGACGUCAAGUUCGUCUUCCCCAACGCGCCGAACAUUCCCAUUACUGUGAACUUCGGCAUGCGCAUGCCUGGAUGGUACGAUAUCGUAAGACGCCGCGACGAAACCAACUUCGGCGACCUCAAGCACGACUUCGACGAGCCGGGCAUCCUGCGCUCCCGAGCAACCUUCAACAAACUCAUCAGCGACGAGAUCGACGCCGGGCUGCCCUCCAACCGCAUCAUUCUCGGUGGUUUCUCCCAAGGCGGCGCCAUGUCCCUGUUCACGGGCGUCACGACACCGCACAAGCUCGGCGGGGUCUUUGGGUUGAGCUGCUACCUGGUGCUCGGCGACAAGAUCAAGGAUUUUGCAAAGGAGGCAAACGGCGCGAACGCGGACACCCCGUUUUUCAUGGGCCACGGGGACGCGGACGAACUGGUCAAACAUCAGUGGGGGGUGCAGUCGGCCGAGUUUCUGCGGAAAGAGCUGGGCCACAAGGUCGACUUCAGGACGUAUGCGGAUCUCGCUCAUUCGGCCGACAUGAAAGAAAUCGACGACUUGGAAGAGUUCAUCAAGCAGUGUCUACCGUCCAACGAGACGCUGUGACUAGGUGAUGAGGGGCCUGCGCGACGAGUCGCUCACCACUGGGCAUACAUUGGCAUCACCACCUUUGUGGUAUUAUUGGCGUGCGUCAUUCUGUUCUCAAGGUCACGGAGUCGGCGUGAAAGUCAACGGGCAAAAAGAGCAUAGAUGAGCUGGACGUUUGACAGCAAGAAUCAGUCUGCAAGGCGUUUCCUCAAUCAUGAAAAUUAUUUAGAUCCCGAAAGUUCCCCGGUUGAUCUUGCUUUUUAUUUGGCUAUGGUCGAGUUUUCAUCUAUGCAGCACCCUCCUUGCGCUGGCCGGUGUAGAAGGCCAGACCAUAGGUGUUGGUCUUGAAGGUGAUGACGCUGCCCUU